GAUUCUCACUCCAUUCCAAAAAACACAAACUUUUGUGAAAAUUGCCUAAUUUUGGAAUAGUAGUGGAACAAGCACGUGCGCCACAUUCAUUCGUGUUGGCAACGCCAUUACGGUCGCAGGAGUUUCCUCAUUUCUUUUGAUUCGGCAACGAAAAAAUCAAGUAAAAUGACCGGCCCACAGCGGAGAAACACGGUGGACAGCCAGAAGUAUGUGGUGGAGAAGAUCGUUGGAAAGCGCAUCGUAAGAGGUCGUCUGCAGUUUCGAGUCAAGUGGAUGAACUAUCCGAUGAAAGCGAGCACAUGGGAGCCAGUGGAAGCAUUGGGCCACCUCUCGCGCUUGCUGGCCGAUUAUGAGGCGAGGCAGUACAAGCGCUUCCGGAAGAAGCUGGCCAAGGCGGCAAAGGGCCCCAAAUCGCGAGCCAAAAGCAAGGCUAAGGGCGCCGCCCGCCGACGCCAAUCGCGCCACGUGCCCAGUGCUCAAGCAGUAACAUCGGCUACAUCGGGCUCGGCCGCAGCGGGCCAAGGAGCAAAUGGGGAACGCGGCUCAUUGAUCGGCAGUAAGGAGCAAUCAUCAGGGAGUUCGGUGGUAGCUCGAGGAGUUGGUCGCGCGCAUGAGCGCAAGCGUGUCGAUCCGCUGGCUGUGGAGCAGCCAAGGAUCGAGGGCGUGCAGCAUACGAGCCCUUCACGCGGCACAUCCGCGCAGGUACCGGACUGGAAAAUGGAGCCGUACAGGGAGUCCUUCGGUUUGGCGCGUGGCCUGGAGCUGGAAAUGGUGCACCACUGCUACUUUGUUCGCAGGCAGCUCUUCAUGUUCGUCACCUGGGUGGGACACCCCACGAUGGACGCGGUGCUGCUUAGCGACAUACGACAAGCAUAUCCGAUGCCAAUAAUUAAAUACUUUGAGAGUUUAGCCUUCCCUAAUUACAAAGAUGCCUGAAUUCAAGGGAAUCGCAUUUCAAACAUAGAUUAAGCGUUUUUUUUUUAACUCCAUCUAGAUAGCAUAGCAUUUUAAUAUGUUUGUACACAGCUCGAUCGUCACUAUGCGAUUGUUUGAUCAUUAGUCAAGCUUUCCACGACAUGUGACCAGAUUUUAGUCGCCUUUCCAGCUGAGCUUCCGAAAAUCUGAUACCUUCUACUAUGGCGCCAUUCGCGCAGCCUCACUGAUUGUGAACAAGUAAGCGGAUACGCAAAGCAUAAACACCAGCGAUCAAUAUCGGCGGAAAUCACACGAGUGGCUGAAGUCAGCGAAUGUAAACAAUGCAUAUAAGCCAAGUUCAAUGAGCCAAAUCCAAGUAAACAAAUGAAUUUAGCAACAAAACCGGUUGCUCCUGCUUAUAUUGCUUUCGUUUCGAUUCUGGCUGCUAUCAGAAAAGCCCAAAACUCGUGUCACAAAAGUCAAGAAGCAUCCGAGCUGAUAAUACAGCUCGGGAAUUAAACAAAAGCGUAUUUUUUCGUUUGAAAUUAAUAAAUUCAAUUCGGCACGUGCGCAAAAGCGACAAUAAUCAAAAUGUAUAAUGUACGCGAAUAACCUUUAUUGUAUUUCAAACAGAAAGUGCAAAUAUAUUGUAACGCUUUUAGGAAUCUAUGUUUGAAAAAAAUGCACUCUGUUUGCUCUCUACACAUUCACGUUUAUAGAAUUCAAAAAUAAAACUUUUGUACUGCCCAUCUAUGGUA